CAUACAUAAAAAUGAGCAGCUCGAAAACAAAAAUUUCUGAGGAAGAAAGAAUUAAGCUAGCUGAAAAAUUAGAUAGAGAUCUAGAUGAAUUUAUAGGCUCUUUGGAACAGAAACGAUACAAAGAUGGAUGGUCUGAGGAAAAUUGGCAAGAGGAAUUUGAUAGACAUCCUUUUUUUAUGAAAAAAGCACCAGAACCUGGAGAAGAAAUUCAUCCGAUGUUGGAAGGAUUACAGCAACUGAAAUUUGAUCCAGAAGAAAAUUCACCUGAGGAAUUAGCAGAGAAAUAUAAAGAAGACGGAAAUUACUGGAUGAAGCAUAAGAAAUAUAGGAUUGCGAUAAUGAAUUAUACAGAGGGCUUAAAUCAUAGUUCAGGUCAUGAAAACAAAGAACUUAUUGCAAAUCUCUACAACAAUAGAUCAUUGGCUCAGUUUUUGUUGCAAAACUAUCGUUCAGCAUAUGUUGAUGCACAAAAUGCUUUAAAAUACAAAAGCAAGUAUGAUAAAGUUAAGCUUCGCAUAAUUAAAUGCAAUAUGGAGCUAAAAAAAUACGACGAAGCAUGUAAGGAUGUCGAGAAAUUUAUAUUGGAAGAUCCAUCUAACAAAGAUUUAAUUGACGUUCAAAAAACUGCAUUAGCCAAGAAAGCAGAGAAGCUUAGAAAUGAACGAAAAGCUCAGAUGGAAGAGAAAAAGAAACGUCAAGAAUUCCAAACGCUUGUACAGGUUUUAAUUCAAAGAAAUGUAAAGUUUGAGGAAAUACAAAGGGGAGAUUUAAUCUCUCUUUUGUCAAUAGAAACCAUAAGACCCAAAAUUGAACCACUUGAAAAUUUUCCAGUAUCGCUAGACCAACAAGGCUCACUCUAUUGGCCAAUUGUUUUCUGCUACCCUGAGUUUACCAUUACAGAUAUUCUACAAAGGACUCAUGAAAUGCAAACGUUAAAUGAAUGCCUCGACGAUAUGUUUUCAUCGGAUGAAACGUCGGCACAUAAUUACAAAAAUCCCAAAAGCCUUCACAUUUAUUUUGAAAAUCGCCUUAAAUGUCAAGUUUAUAAAGCCAAUCCUAUCAUCCCCAUCAAAGAUGUCGUGAGUGAUAUAAACUUUUAUAUCUAUAACGGCUAUUUAAUGUUUUAUGUUUUGCCGCCAAAUAGCAAAGCUGAAAGCGACUUUCUAAAUCAAAAAAAAGGAUUCCUUAAGCUCCUCAAAAAAUGA